GACCGUGGGAGAUAAGUAAUAUGUAAAUAGGAAAUGCAUCCAAAUUUACCUCUGGCAGAGAGCCAGUGCGAGAGACAGAAUAAUGUGGCAGGGAGCCUCAGGUGCAGCUGGGAUGGGAGGAGGCGGGGCAAUGAGCGAGACGCUGAGAGAGAGAGGGAGCGAGAAAGAGGGAGGGUUCGUGUGUGUGUUUUGAGUUUGUGUGUGUGUGUGUGGAAAGAGAGAGAGGUUGAGUGUGCAAGCUAGAGAGAGUGCAUGGGAGGGAGGGAAGUGUAAGCCAGUCACAGCAUCUCUCCUUCUCACUGCACCAGGGCUGAGGGACUCUUCGUCCCCUCGCUUCCCUCGCUGCAGAUUUAACUCAUUUCCAUCAGCGCAGUCAUCUUUUUUUUUUUUCUUGCUUGUUACUUGCUGUUUUUGACAGAUGUAUUGCAUUCAUCUCUUUCUGCAUGCCAGGAUCUAAGGAUUUAUUUAUUUAAAAAUGUGUGUUCUGUUUAACGGAAUUAAUGCAGAAGACAGUGCUUGAAACUGGGACUCCGACCGGGACUUGGUCUUUUCUGUAUGCUUCUAGCGUGGAUUCCCUUUUGUUGCGGUGCCAGUGUUUUUUUGUGGGCGACAGACAUAGUGAGAGAGGAGUUGUAGGACCCCAUACCUCUACAACUAAAGCGCAUACUUCAAUGGACUAAAGCAAGUUUGAAAAUCUGGUUGCAUUAAGUACUUAAAGAGAAGAUGCUGAGCCUGCCAUAGCCUCAGAAUGUCACAACAAAAAUGGAAGUUACACGUUUUUGGGAUAAAUAGGUGGAUUACCGAUUGAUCCCCACGCCCCUCUCUGCAAGUGUCUGCCACAGGAUUGCUAAGGAGUGUAAGUGAGAGGAGCACUGAGCUAUUCAGCUGGCCUUUCAUUGCUCCAGGAGAGUCCUUCCACCUGCCUGCAUGGGAAUCUUACAUUCAACACUUUCAUCAGCUACUGGACUUUUAUUUUUGUUUUGUUUGUCUUUUGCGUCUUGCAGUCCAGAACACUGAGAGGCAAGUCUUCGCAUUUGGAUUUAAACUUUUAAUGACUUUAAUGGCAAAAGUCAUCCGGACAUUUUAACGCUUGGUUUUACCUCAUUCUGCCUAGGGAUGCCUUGUAAACACAUUCCCCCCCCAGCGCUGUGUGUGCAGAGAGAGCUGUGACAUUAUCUCCUGCGGAGAUCCCCAUGUUGUUCUAGCCUGUGUCUGUGUUUUGAUUCAGACAAUAGCUGGGCAUGCAUUGGCUCCAGACACUGACUAGAGGACCACCAAAAUAAGGGAAGCCUGCUGUUACAUUGUAAACACACGAGCACCCAUGGCACAGUGAAACAUUGGGUUGGACUGAAGGGUUGAUUCGCACAGAUGGAUGUAAUUUUCUUUUCCAGACUUUGGUACACACCAAGAGAGACUCCGGAGAAGCUUUUUCCCUUUAGCAAUGGUUGCAUAGAAUCUAUUUUUUGAAAGGUAACUGCUCUCAGUGAACCUCUUCUGAUCUCUAGAAGUGAAAAGGAGCCAUAUGUUGCUUACUUAUUUGAUCUCCUGUGAGGAUCCGUCAAGUGCAGAAAGCAUUGUGCUUUGCUUCAUGCUUUAACCUCUUCGUAUGGUGUCCUCCCUCGCAUCUUCUGUGCUCUCUGCCCUUGUGCUGACAGCUCAUGCCCUCAGCCUCCCGGUGGCAAUGCUCAUUAGGAUCAGGGGAUGAGGCCACAGACUGGCAGGCAAACCAGCAGGGAAGCUCGCCUUUGGGAUGGAUGCUGGCCACAGCACUAAAGCCACCCAGCUACCUUGGGUUACUGAAGGAAUACGUUUUUGUUUUUUGUUUCUACUCCUGACUGUUACCCACCCACUACUAUCACUAACCAUGAGUGAUUGGAAAAGGAGAGCUAAACGGGUUGUCCUACCCAGAGGCUGUAUUGAUUUUCCUCCAGUCAGUGUUCAUUUGAUUGAGACCCAGCUAUGUGAGAGUAAGGUGAAAGAGAGAGUGUGUUAGACAGAGUAUUGAGCUCCGUUAACUGAAGAAGGCUGCAGACACCCAGCGUAGAGCGGGUGGGGGUGCAGGCAGUUCUCAAGUUUCAAGACCAGCUGCCUUAUGGGUGACACACCACAAACCUGACCCACCUGGAUAGCACCCAGAACAAUGAACCAGUCUGAACUGACAACGGACCCGGUGCUCACUGCCAACAGCAGUCAUGGAGACUUCUUUCCUGGCAGGGCUGCCAACCACUCUUGUCCCCUGGGCUGGGGGCUGAAUGAAGGCGUAGAGGCUUGUGUCCUGGAGACUGCUGUCAUUGUACUUCUGACUGUGCUCAUUAUUACAGGGAACUUGACGGUGAUCUUUGUGUUUCACUGUGCCCCUCUGCUACACCACUACACCACCAGCUACUUCAUCCAGACCAUGGCCUAUGCUGACCUGCUGGUGGGUCUUAGCUGCCUGGUGCCCACGCUGUCUCUGCUCCACUACCCAGCAAGUGUCCAGGAGCCCAUCACUUGCCAGGUCUUUAGCUAUGUCAUCUCUGUUCUAAAGAGUGUUUCAAUGGCCUGUUUGGCUUGUAUUAGUGUGGACCGCUACCUGGCCAUAACGAAACCACUGUCUUACAACCAACUGGUGACGCCAUGCCGGCUACGAGGCUGCAUCACCCUGAUUUGGGUCUACUCAAGCCUGGUUUUCUUGCCCUCUUUCUUUGGGUGGGGUAAACCAGGCUAUCAUGGGGACAUUUUUGAGUGGUGCGCUCACUCCUGGCCCACCUCUGCCCUCUUUACAGGCUUCGUGGUGUGUUUGCUGUAUGCGCCUGCUGCCCUUGUGGUUUGUUUUACCUAUUACCAUAUAUUUCGCAUUUGCCAGCAGCACAACAGGGAGAUCAGUGAACGGCGGGCACGCUUCCCCAGCCAGGAGAUGGAGGCUGGUGAGGGGGGAGGCGGUGGGCAUCAAGGAGGGCAUGGACCGGAUCGGCGAUAUGCGAUGGUGCUGUUUCGCAUAACCAGCGUUUUCUAUAUGCUCUGGCUGCCCUACAUAAUCUACUUCCUGCUGGAGAGCUCCCAUGUACUGGAUAGCCCUGCCCUGUCCUUCAUCACCACCUGGCUUGCCAUCAGCAAUAGCUUUUGCAACUGUGUCAUCUACAGCCUGUCUAAUAGUGUGUUCCGCCUGGGCAUGCGCAGGCUCUCGCAGACGAUUUGCUCCUUUAGCCACUGCGCAGCCGACGACAGGGACUUUGGGGAGCCAAAACCAAGGAAGAGGGCAAACUCAUGCUCUAUCUGAAGGGAUGACUUUUACAGGAUGAGGAUACUGUUGGAAUCUAUGAGUUGGUGACAUGAAUUUUAACAAGCUCAGCAGCUAGUUAACUUCAAGUAACAGUUGCAGGGCUUAACCAAACACAAAACAAUAUCUGUUGUUCCAGCCUGUCAUCUGACACCCAUGACAUUGCCUUGGUCACAAUAAACCAUGGUUUAUUGCAUCACAAGCUUUUCGAGGGGAUGGGUGCAGUGUCUAAAAAGCGGUUUAAUGAGCUGGGCACUCUAAUGGCUUUUAUUCUGUGGUAUGUGACUUGGCUGUGGAUCAUAUAGAUAGUAGUCUCCCCAUGGCUUUCUUGGCGCUUUACAUCUCCCUGUAUGCCAUCAGCCAGGUCAUACAGAGUGGAAAGACAAAACUGAAACAAAAGAUAAACAAAUAUCUCCUCAGACAUCAAAUGUGACCACGCUAUUUCAUGCCUGUUAAAUUUUGUUAGUGGUUGUGAAUUGGAUCGACCUUCUGUUUGAUGUCUCCAUACUUUGUAUGACUGUCAUUAGCCGAGACUAGAUAACCUACAUUUAGUUGUGCUCAUAAACCUGUUUAAAGGUUAUAUUUGACUUUUUAACUGUAUUAACACACACAGUGACAAUGACAACAGCCAUUAUGCUGCUGAUAAAUGACAGAUGGCGUAUGGCCUUAACUGUUUUUUAGAGGAAAGUGCGCAAUCCAUUUCUCUUCAGUAUUUUAUGUUGAGUCUGUAAACAUGAUGUAUGCAGGUGUAGGAGAGAGAUGCAAAAAAGUCAUAAUGUACUGCUCAGAUUUUCUUUUUCUUUUUUUUUUUUUUAAGAUAUUUUUUGGGCAUUUUUUAGCUUUAUUGACAGGAGAGAUUGAGAGUGAAAGGGGGAGACAGAGGGGAAGACAUGGAAAGGGCUCCGAGCCGGAUUCGAACCCGGGCCGCCCGCUUACGAGGACUGGGCCUCUGUGGUACGCGCUCUACCAGGUGUGCCACCGGGAACGCCCCCUGCUCAGAUUUUCUGACACGUUUUUAAAAAAAAUUUAUUGGCCAAUCGCUUAUCUGACAGUUGGUGUAAAUAUGGUUAAAGCUGUUUACUCCAACCUUUCUCAAAACACAGUACAUGAUAUAACAGUGCACAGCAAUCUAAAACAGUAAAACUCAAACAUACUUCUACAUCACAGCAUUAGACCAAGGACUGUAAAGAUAUCUAACCUUGUAAAAGGAGUGUUAAAAUCUUUUAAUCAAGGUAAAAUCCCCAAAACAAGAAUUUGAGGGAUUCUUGUAAAGUUUUACUUGACUGAACAUGGUUACUAAUCUUAAAUAAUGACAGAGAAAUUGUCAACACAUGUAACACAUUGCCUACUGCCAUAGUGUGACCUGUAUCAGAUUUUCCACAGAUGACAUGCUGCUUUCAUUGUUUAUCAAUUUAAAUAUAGUCUGAGUAUAGUUGGUCACCAAUUGAGUGGUGCACCCCGACUAAAAAGCACCUUAUUUUCAGAAUUCACACAAAGGAUGUGUUUGUUUGACACUGAGGCUUUUAUAUUCAAGGCAGUGAACUGAUGCUAGUGGCAGAUAACUACCCAGCACAGAGUUUUUUUCCCAAGGUCCCCCCUUACGCUUAUGAAAUAGCCCAUCAGCAACAGCAUUCCCACCAUUGGUAUGGCUUUCCUGAUAUGGUGUGGCUUUCCUGUGUUAUGAGUAUUCUGCUCACAGUUUGAUGCAUGAGCGCUCAUGGCAGCUAUUUCUAACCAGCAAAUAAAUAAUACACCCCCCCUGUAUAUGUAGGCCCAUGUAUUCUGGACAGUGAGCAAACAACAGAAUUUGAAAAUGAAACAACAUUAUGUAAUUAUGAUUUACACAUUCGUAUUUAUAAGGCAAACAAUAGAAGCAUAAUUCUAUUAUGCACCUCUCUGAUGUUGCUUUUAACCCAAUCACAAAACUUCUACUGAUAUUGAUGGCAGACCUGAAUAUCUAGACAGGUUUUUGGGUGUUUUGCAUCAGUGACGCAGCUAUCUUUGUUAAAGUUGAUGGUGGAUUUUAUUUCCCAGCAACCGUCGACAGGGGCUCAGGUUAAUGUGAUCUAAUCUGUCUGGAGGUCGCUGUGAGGUUAAAACUGAACUGAUCUGAAAUUAAGGCUAUCAAUAGAUUAUCUUGUGGAGGUUUUGUUAAACAUUUGGCUAUACAAUCCUCAUUACUUUAAAUAUGCCCCACUAAGUUAUUGCUCUCAAACUACAGGCCUGUCUUUCUAACAUACUUCUCAAUACUUUUAUGAAUAUCCACAGUAUAUAGUGUCAUUUGGUCAAACUUAACUGGGAAUCACACUGUAAAUUGGUAACUGCUGAAUGUUUAUGUUUCUUAUCUUUUUUUCAGAGUAUAGGUGUUAGAAAUGGAGUCCUUAAUGGAUUGUUUUUGUGCUCCAUAUUAGAGAUGAGUAGUUAACUCUGUUCUGCGAAAAGAUUAUAGUUAUUUUCUUCUCGUACUGCACCCAUUCCAGCCUGGUAAAAUCUGAAGACUGUUCCCCAAUCUGGGGUUUUUGAUAUAUAAAGUGCAGAUCAUGCGGGUUGUUGAAGCAACCCACGGACUGCCAUUGGUUAUGAUCUUCAUCCUUUGCUACAGCACAGUAAUAUAGUCAUUCCAGUCAAUUUAUCUUGUACAUUCUCUUGAUCUUGGGAUCAGUGUCAAAGCGUUAUUCAUUUCACAUGAAUACAGCCACAUACGAUAGCCAAUAAUUGAUUUCCCUCUUCGCUCACAUAGUAGUGUCAUCUGUGGUUUAGGCCUUGCUUGUAGUGUAAAUUUGUCCAUGCUAGAAACUAAAAGUAAAAGCAAACCCCUUGAUAUUGUAACCGCAUUUUAUGCUGCUUAACAGUAGCCUGUGUGAGUCAUUCCUCAUUUUAAAGCUGCAUUAAGUGAUUUUUGAACACUAGGGGCAGAAGGACGCUGAGCCUUUACCUUGUUUUAUGUUCGUAAAAUUUGCUGCUUUACAUCCAGCAAAAACAGAGCUACAUGAUCAUUCCACUCAAGAGUCUUUCUGGCAAUUUUGAUGAAUGUAAGUACAAUAUUGAUUUUAAGCUAAGGUUUAGUAAACCAACAUCAGCCAGAGAAAAACAUCUGUCUCUUUUGGGUUAUCUACAUUAUUUUAUUACUUUCUGUUCUCUGCAGUUUCACAUGAGGCAGGUAGCCUACAGUCAACUUGAAAUGAUGAUGUGCUGGGAGUGGCUGCUCAUGGUUUGUACUGUAUGUGGCGCAAUUGUUUUUGGUUUUGUUGGUUCAGACAACUAAGAUAACCACAUCCAGUGAGGUAAGAGCAGCUAUGUAAAGCUGUAGUAUGGGUCGUGAUUCUUAGCGGGAUCACAAGCAUUUAUCCACCUUUAACAUAAUCAGGAGUUGUUUGAUUUAGUGUUAGUUUGAAAAAAUAUUGCUUUAUGCAGCUUUAAUGCAUUACAGAUUGUUCUGUAUACGUGCCUAAAGAUGUAUUUUGUAGGAAAAGUGAAAAAAAGAUGUUGAGAAGCUACUGUCACAUGGACAUGCUGCACUUUUUAAAAACAUUUUCCAGCUACAUGCACAUACCUUGUGACCGUGUACACAUCUGAAGGUACAUAGUCAUUGGAUCUAGUUUUCCAUGACCGAUAGUUCAGAUGGGUUUCUAUUUGAACCAAGAAUGGGUCAAGUCAUUCAUUUAUCACAGCUGAUCUGACUUCUGCCUUCGACUAGGUACAUGUUCUACUAUCUGAUGUCUACAUCAUAUUUGUCAGAUAAGAGGAAGCAGCCGAUUUGUCUUGUGAAUUCCCUUCUAUAGCCAUAUGACCUGGCAUAUAUGAGUAAUAGCAGUAGGGAACCACAGCAUAGCCGUGUCAAAUACUAGAGUUAUGAUGAUCUUUUUUUUUUUUUUUGAUAGCUCGUGUUUUUGGUGCUCCUUUGGAGCAUAGUGCAGUGGGGUAGUAGAAGAAUGUAUAGGGUCUGAAUUAGUGCUGUAUUAUCUUUACACUGUGGUGACAAACGACAACACAACAACAUAUAAGGCAAAAGAAAGCAAAGACCUCUAGUAGCCUAAAAUAAAAUAGGUCAGUUGUUAUCAUACAGUGUAAAAGUUGGAAUAUACCAUUCAAAUGGAGAUUAUAGUAUUUGGUCAGAAGUUGCACAAAUAUUAAUUCCUUUGGUGAACUUUUUUGUAGCGGAUUAUGUAAAAUGCGUGUCUUGGCUCAAGAUUUCAAAAAUCCAAGAGCCACUGAAUGACUAUUUAGAAAAAUACAUUGUUUAUAUGUGUCUAUAUCAAACUGACCAAACCUGAAGUGGUAGAAAAUCAAAACUGUUAUAUUGUUCAACCAAGUCAUCAUAUUUUCAAGUACAUUGAUCUGGGCUUUUAGUAGAAAGAGUUUUAUUAAUUACAGAGUAAUAUGUAUUUAUUUAUUAAGUUAUGUUUGAACCUUUACACAAUAUACUGUAUAUGAGUAUACUGUAUGUAAAGUUUGUGUAUCUGUUUUUAAUCUGCUGUACAGCCAAAAAAAUCAGACAAAUUCUGACAAAGGUAUGGCGCACCCAUUUGUGUUGAAUCAACUAGGCUGCUGAUGUUUUGCAUAGGAGGCAGAGUGUGUUAAAUUACAUAGUAUCUAUUUUUUUAUUUUGAAAUUUUGUCUAAGACUAUGGUUUUGUUGUUGCUGCCAACCCAAUAAAGGUGAAAAUAGUAGACAUUCA